CAGUUCACAAACAUUUGCGCUUGCAGUUGCUAGAGAAAAGAGACAUGUUUGAGGCAGGCAGGGCCUCGGAACAGCACGUCUAGACGGGGUAACGGACACCCUUACAGAGAUGGGCUACUUCGCCCAAAGAGGAAGAAGACGAAUUUGAACUGUGUAGCUACAACCUGGACUCGGUGUGGUGUUUCUGUACGCUCAUAUGCAAGAGUUAUUUAAUGUUUAAAAUGUGGGAGAUGGUGGCGUUGCCGAUAGCGAGCUCUCCCUUCCUGUCGUCUAUGACAAGAUGGCAGCAAUGCAGGCGAACUGUGCAUGGUAUGGAUUUAUAAAUCCAUAACAUGUUCAGAGAAGCCCUGGAUUAUAUCUAUAGUGACUCUAUGUGAAGGUAUGGCCUCACAAGUCUUGGUCUACCCAGCACACAUUUAUCAAACCCAGACAAGUGCCUUUAGCAGUGUGAAGAAACUUAAAGUUGAGCCCAAUAGCUGUGUUUACCAUGAGAGGGCACACCCGUGGAUUUAUCUGAACGGCAGAACCUUUGGUAUUGUGCACCCAACCAAACAAGCCCACUCGUUUGUGAACCAAGACUUGGCAAGGGGCGUGAAAGUGCGUGGACGACAAGAGUACCCGAUACAGACGGUGGUGGUGCGUGGUGUCCAGAGACAACAGCCUGGUAAAAGAGGAGGAGGGGGACAAAGCCCAGCUGGGGCUCGGCAGCGACAGGACGCAGGGGUUGUCCACUCGCAGGGCAAGGAGCAGCAGACAGAAACAGCAAGUGGGGGCAGCAGUGGAGCAACAGAGGCAGGAGGAGGGGGAAGGGGAGAGGGCUGCAGUGGAGGACGUGAGGGAGGUGGAGAGGAGGAGGGUGACAGAGAAGAGAACUGUGGAGGUUUCAACUCAGCCGACAGCUCUCAGCGAUGUGGGCUGAAACGUAAAAGUGAGGAGCUGAAUAACCGAGGGAGCACCAUGCAGAUUGUGGAGGAACUGUCAAUGUUGCCUGCCAUGAUGCAAACGACGAAUGUGGGGAACGCAACCAUGACUGCGGCCGUGGGGGCUGGAGGCGGCCCCUCCAAACAGGGGGUAGGUGCAGCAGGAGGAGGGGACGGGGACUACCAGGUGGUGCAGCAUGAAGUCCUCUGUUCCAUGAAGAAUACUUAUGAAGUGCUGGAUUUUUUGGGACGUGGCACGUUUGGCCAGGUUGUAAAGUGCUGGAAGAGGGGCACGGGGGAGGUGGUGGCGGUGAAGAUCCUGAAGAACCACCCUUCAUAUGCACGGCAGGGUCAGAUCGAAGUCGGAAUCCUCGCUCGUCUCAGUGGGGAGAAUGCGGACGAGCACAACCUGGUGCGGGCCUUUGAAUGUUUCCAGCACCGCAGCCACACUUGCCUGGUGUUUGAGAUGCUUGAGCAGAACCUGUACGAUUUCCUGAAGCAGAACAAGUUCAGCCCGUUGCCCCUGAAAGUGAUCAGACCUGUGCUACAGCAGGUAGCUACAGCUCUGAAAAAGCUAAAGAGCAUGGGUCUGAUUCAUGCCGACCUCAAGCCGGAGAACAUCAUGCUAGUGGACCCAGUGAGGCAGCCCUACAGGGUGAAGGUGAUAGACUUCGGCUCUGCCAGUCAUGUGUCCAAGGCAGUGUGCUCCACGUACCUCCAGUCUCGGUACUAUAGGGCUCCAGAGAUUAUUUUGGGAUUGCCGUUUAGUGAAGCCAUAGACAUGUGGUCCCUCGGCUGUGUGGUAGCUGAACUUUUUCUGGGCUGGCCCCUUUACCCCGGGGCCCUGGAGUACGACCAGAUUCGCUACAUUUCGCAGACACAAGGUUUGCCAGGGGAACAUUUACUGAGUGUGGGGACAAAGACAUCACGGUUCUUUUGCAGAGAGUCUGACUCAACCUAUGUGGCACGGAGACUAAAGUCAACAGAUGAGCAUGAGACGGAGACGGGAAUGAAAUCAAAGGAGGCCAGGAAGUACAUCUUCAGCUGUUUGGAUGACAUAGCGCAUGUGAACUUGGUGAUGAAUCUGGAAGGUAGUGACUUGUUGGUGGAGAAGGCAGACCGUAGGGAGUUUGUGGGCCUGCUGAAGAAGAUGUUGUUGAUCGAUGCAGAAGAGAGGAUCUCCCCCGCUGAGGCUCUCAGCCACCCCUUUGUGACAAUGCAACACCUGCUCGACUUUCCCCAUAGCAACCAUGUGAAGUCAUGUUUCCACAUCAUGGAUGUUUGCUGGACUCGCCCCAGUGCAUAUGAGGCGGUCAACAGAAAUAAAGUUCCUUUCAUCAGACCUGUGACCACAACCGCUGCUGCCUCGGUCAACCACCCAUUCAGCAAUAUUCACACUCAAGGAUUAGCCCCAUCAGCCACGUCAGUAAUGCACCCUGGGAUACCACUGCAGACCGGGAAUGGUCAGUUUGGAUGCAAUGACUCAUUUCAGCAGGCUCUGAUUCUAUGUCCCCCAACCAUACAAGGUAUCCCCACCAACACAGCUAAACCAUCAGGCUACUCUGUUCGAAUGGAGGCGUCUGUGCCUCCAUUCACUCAAGCACCCCCCAUCCAGCCCAUGCAAAUCAGACCUGGAGUCAUCACACAGGCCUGGCCCAGCAGUGCACAGCAGAUCUUGCUACCCACUUGGCAGCAGGUGACAUCAGUGCCCCCCCCACCAACCACUUUGGCAUCUGACUCUGUGGCGGGCUCACAAAGACUGGGUGACUGGGGGAAAGUGCAUCCCCAUGGUAACCAUUACAGCUCCAUGAUUGCACACCCUCAGCCAUUCUUAACCAACCAAAUGACCAUGUCCACCCACCACCAGCCAAUCAACAUAGGCAUUGCACAUGUGGUGUGGCCACAGCCAGCUGCCAACAAGAGAGCCAAGCCCUGUGUGAACAGGGGCAGCAACUACUCCCAAAACACGAACGUCCAAAAUGUAGCAUGCCAGUCCCCAAAGAUGGCCGAUACAGCAAAGAAUGUGCAGCAGGUAGAAGCGAGGUGCCCGGCGGAAGGGCGCACUGCUGAAGAGGAGCAAAGGACCAACAGGCGGGCGGGGGGGAACUUCUGUAAAGUGGAGCCAGACUGUGAGGAGCUCUCAGUUUCGCAGGAGCAGCGGCAGGCCAUGGUGAUCUCUGACCUCGCCAGCCCGACUGUUAGUGUCAUCAGCAUCAGCAGCGACGACGACGAGAGCGCACAAAGACACUCGAUGGGGGAGUGUAAGGGUAGUGCAGACUGUGAGGCGUGUCAGAGCACCGUCAGUAUGGAGAGAGUGUGUUCCCUCAGCAGUCCUGACAGCACGCUCAGCACCAGCUCCUCCGCCUCAGCCCAGUCCAGCGCCUCCCCCUGCAAACACCCAAACAGUAUGUCUGAUGACGAACAGGAGAGUGGUUGUGACACGGUGGACAGCUCGCCCACAUCAGACGCCUCUGGCCAUAGCAACAGUCCCUUCACACAGCGACGCUUCAUCGCCGACAGCAACCAGAACUGCGAGCCCCGUGUGGCGUGCAUCGCCCCGGUGACAGAGCCCAGCAAGCCAGCAGUUCGUACUGUUGUGGUGCCUCCAAUGAGAGUGCAGAACAACAACAACUACUACCCUGCUGUCAGUGAAACAUACGGCAACACAGGUCACAUGGCCUGGGAUUACGUUGUCUUUGUAGGCCGCAGAGGUUCUCACAGUCUUAGAGUCGUCAUGCCAGUCCAGAGGGCGAGGCCACCCUGGGCGCCAGCAUCUCCACUCCACUCCCCUCCUCAACCGGCCGCAGAAGAUCCCCCCUGCAUUCCAGCCCCAGCAACAGCAGCCUAUAGGCUUUGGGCAGGUGCAGCAUUUCGGUUCCUGCCACCAGGAAUGGAAUGGCAACUUUGCCCACCGGAGACCACAGGCCUAUAUCCCCCCCACCAUGCAUGGGCACACAUUCACCCUGUCCCACAGCAGCCCAAACCACAAUACGGGGCCCCACCCCCACCUUGGGGGCCACCCACACACCCAGCCCACCUUACUGUCUUACCCCCCGUCUGGCCCUCUGGUCACGGCUGCGCCCGUGGCCCACCUGCUGGCGUCCCCUGUAGCCUCCCACUCCAUCAUGCAGCCCACCUACAGCAUCUCCCACCCGGCAGGCAUCGUGCAUCAGGUCACUGUGGGCAUCAACACCCGACUGCUGCCCUCCCCCACCUUGCACCCCCAGGGCCAAUUCAAGCCUCUCUUCCCCCCGCACUCCUACAUCGCCUCGCCCGCAUACGCCAGUUUCCCCCUCAGUCCCACCAAAAUCAACCAGUACCCCUACAUGUGAGCGGGGCUGCCCAGGUACCCUUUAUACCACCCGAGGGCUAGGGUUAUCUUAAACAACAUGGUUUUCAUUUCCAAAACCAUGGCACAACCACAAAGAGAGCAAGCUAUUUUUUGAAACAUGGAGACUUGGGUGUAAUUGAACUUCAAGCUUUAAACAAAAAAAAGAAAAGAGUUCCAAUGGUGGAGAUGAUUUGGGCAAAAAUUAAGAAGGAAACAAUGUAUGAAUGAAAGAAUGAAUGAGUAGUAAACUCACACUUAAUGUGUUUUGCACAUUUGAUAUAUAUCUUUGCAUUGGAUCUUCUACGAAUACUCCUCAAAACAGGUAAAAUAAUUGGGGUGGUGUUAAAUAGUUAGACUUUGCACCCCUGAUCCCAGCUAUUUUUCUAUAUUGCCUUCUUACGUGUGCAAGACACAUCCAUAUUUGUAAAGCCAUCCCAGUCUCUAGCUCUAGAUCGACACAGAUGCACACGUCGUCCACAGUGUAUGUUGUACUGCGUUUGAAGUAUUUGUACCUUUUCGGUGUCUUUUAGUGUUAGCAAUGUCAAGUCAAUUAACCGAUUUAUAUAGGGUUGUUCCUCACGCUGCAUGUGGUCUUGCAUGAGCAAAAAUGUAAACGGAAAGAAGCAUAAACGUUGCUCUUAUUGUUUGUGUCACAAGACUCGCUGCAUUGUAUAACUGUCCCCAGCCAUAGUGCCUUACAUAUUUGGGGUUUUUAAUGUUACUACUUAUAUAUGACUAUACAUGAUUAUUAAUGUACUGGACUGCAGCACUUGAAAUUCCAAUCAGUCGAUGCAUCCUAUGUGUGAGUAUAUAUAUGCACACGUGUAUAUGUCCAUGCAUAGCCUGCAUGGAUGUGAUGUAUCACGGAUAGCGGUGCUUAUCUUUUGGAGUCGGUGUGUAUCUCAGUGUGUCGUGAGUUACCUUUCUGUUCUUACAAGAAGAGCAGCAUGCUUUGCUGUUGCGAAUGCUUACCGUUUCAUUACCACCGUUUUUCUCUUCGUUCUCCCUUUUCCUCAAAUGAACUAGUGUACAAAGUGCAAGUACUGAGUAUCGCUUAAUAUUUGAUCAUCACUUUCUAUUUAGUGAAACUAUUAUUACAAACAGUAUUUGUACUGUUAUUUGAAACUGCAAUACAAUCGAAAUAGUCGUUGAUUAGUUUUCUUUUUCGUCUUCGUAUUUUCAUUUUGAGUGUUUUCACUUUGUUUAUUAGAUGUGUAGAAGUGUGGUGGGCAUGGCUUUGAUUAGGUAAGGAAACAAUGCGAAUGAAUUCACGGUAUGGAAUUUUCUAAGCCUGAGCAAACCAUGCAGUAUUUGAUAUACACGCGUCACAUAUAUGGACAUAUAUUAUAGAGCUAGACUAUUUAGUACAGAUGCUUGAUAAGGUGUGAGUUAAUUGUGUGCAAUUCGCUCAUUUAUGCAUGUGUGACAGUUAACUUUCCCCUUUACAUUAUACCUUUUGUUAAUGGCUUGAGGCUUCUUGGUGUCAACUGCUUAUUUUAUACAUUCCGUCAGGGAGGAUAUAUACAUAUAUAUGAUGGUAGCAACAGUCUAUAUAUAUAUAUAUAUAUAUAGCAUAUAUAUAUAUAUAGCAUAUCUACAUAUAUAUCUACAUAUAUAUAUAUAUCUGUGUGUGCAUUUUAUCUGUUCAUUUGACUAGUUAUGUGUGUGUUUCUUUGUUGUCUUUUAUUUUCAAAUGAAGUUGCUUGUGCAGCACCAAAGACUGUAAUUCACUUCCUGAGCAAGGUAGCUAUUCUGUUUGCAUAAACCUCAAAUAUACUGUAGUCGUAGAAUGGGGUUAAAUUAAAACUAAAAAACUAAAAAAUGUAUUUAAAAAAUCAGCAGAGGUUGUGUCUAGCUUUUUGGGCAAUUAAUAAGUCGUGUCAUUUCUUUCUUGAAUGUAUCAUAGAUAAGCUGCUAUAUGAUGAUUGCCACUUCGAUAGCUGUGAAAUUAGGUGAUUUCUGAGUUUAAACCUAGCGUUGCUAUUUAUGUAUAGGUCCCUAAUUAUCUGAAAUAGAAGUGGUUUUGAUUUUUGUGUUUUGCGUUCAUAUUUGGAGUGUCAUUGUAACUACUGUAUUGCUGAUGAUGAACAUUAGUUGCAUUUGUUGUUUCUCGGGGUGUGUGUUUUGCAUCAGUAUUUUAUCCUUAUUAACCUUUCGGGCUCAUCACUGCAUAUAAAUGAUGUAUCUAUGUAACUUAAUUUUUGUAUGUUUUCAUAUUGACGUUUUGUACACAUCUAAAGCUGUAGCUUGCAGGAUUGAUUUAACUGUUUCAUUGUGCUUAUAUAUAUAUACUACCAGUAUACUACCAGUACUCUUUUGCGUGUAACAGGAGCACUGUGAGAUGCCAGAAGAAAAAUCCAUUAUGUUCAUUGAAAAGCUUCUGUAAUGUUUCCACAAACACACUCACCACUUAGCACUCAUGCAGGUAGUAAGGCUUGUAAGGUUUUGGGGUUCUGUGUCCAAAACAUAAAUUUAGCCCAAUGUUUGUUCCAAAAUAAUGUUCUACAACUCGUUUAAUUGAUUUGAAAUAUGAAUUGCAAUGUUUUAACUGUUCAAUGUUAUAACUGGCUAGAAUAUCAGUUAUUCUGCUAUUCUAAACGGCCUUGUGUUCGGAUCGCUCUCCCCUUUAUGAGUGUCUCAUAUCAAAAUGAUGGUAUGUCAAUGCGAAACUGUGGCCAUUGUUAUACCGAAAUUGAGACGGUGUGAGCAGCACUGUGUAUGUGCCUUGAGCUUCACAAAGUGAGAAUUGAAGAUGGUGAUUCCUCACCUCUUACAUGAGGAGGAAGGCAUAGAAUCCACUCAGCCCAUUACCAUAGAGUAGACAGUGUUUGAAUGGCCACGCAACCAGGAAUAAGAAACGGAACAAAAACCACAUCCUCUGAUCCGCUUGUAGACAUGUGCAUGAUUGUGGCGCUCCUCUUGUUUCAGAUAGCCGUCACCAAAGCCUCUGUGAUAGAACACACAUACACUUUGAAUGACACUCAACGAUCUUUGGAUAGUCACUCUGGCUGAACAGCAGAUGCAAUACUUUACAUUGUGCGGUCAUUGCACCACCAAGUGUUCUUAGAUAAUCUCCAUGCUUUACAUUAGCUUGCAUGCUCACCUGCGUUGCUUCACUUUGUCUGCCUCGAAACUGUCUGCUCAGAGCAGCUUUUCCAUCGAACAAGUUAUGGCAGAGCGGGAGUAACCAGAGCACAGUUAACAACACUGGCCUUUAAAAGCCGAAGAGCGCGCUUUAUGUCCAGUCUUUUCUGGAUGUUUAUCUGCUCUGUGAAGGAGAUGUGGUUUCUCUGUACAGUCAGUCAUGAGUGUAAUACUCCACAUGUAAACACUGACAUCGAUAUGGUUGUAUGUAUUUUGAUAGCUUUUUUUCUUACCUGUACGCUUUACUGAUCAUUAUCCAGUAUCGAAUCUGGGAAAGAAAGCUUAUGAUGACAAGGCAUGAACUUGGCAGAUUAGUGCUUGAAAUAGUUCCCCAAUAAUAAGCAUGUGAAAUGUGUGUUGAUUCCUCCAAAGGUAUUCACCAGCAAUGCGCCUGCAUAAACUCUCCCAUACUUGUUAGAGAAAAUAAUGGAUGCAAAAGGAGAGAAAUAUUGAAACUGUUUAAUUUUCCACACAAUUGACACCUUGGAUUUAUGGAUAUGUUUUUUUUUGGAGGACUCAUGUAUAAUUGAACAGAUUCAACAGUCAUUUGUCAAAUGUUAUGACUUUGAUAACAGUAAACAAAUCUUUUAGAGAUGUUAAUUCAGGGUCUGUAUUGGUCUAAAUGUACUACUGUGUUACUCUUUGAUUUGAUGAGAUUUGUUUUGCUCAAGCUCUUAUUUUUCUGGUCAUCUGUAUCAAUUUCAGAGUUAAUUCACGCUGCAAGUUAUGGAAUCAUCUAUUUAGGUUGCUUAUCGAAUAGACUUGAUUAUGAAAUCUGAACUGUUACUGUUUUAAUACCUGUAGAUUUUUUUUGUGGCUUUGUUUAUUUUUGUUUUGGUUUUAAUUAGCUUUUUUAUUUUGUGCUACACUAGUUUGCCAUGUAGCAAUUGCACUGUGCAAUAUUUACAGUAUGAGGACUGGGAAAACUAACUCUAUGGAUGUGAUGUCUCUUUACAGUUUGCGAUAGUGUUUCCUCUAGUUCUCAGUGAUUUAGGUGUGACCAAGCCUUCUCUACUUUGUCACAUUAAGCGGGUUUUCCAGGUGACUCUUUUGGUGAGUGUCAAAAAAAGACGUUAUGGUGUAUUAUUGUUAAGAUUCACUUUGAAUUAAAAAAAUCUAUUGAUGCAG